AGAGGGCCAGGAAACCGCAUCUUGAAGUUUCCGUUUACCAGCAGUAACAUACCAGCUUGGUAGUUUCCCAUACUUUCUACCACAAACACCCCCACUUCCCAUUCAUCCAAUUCACACAUAUUCACCUAAACCCUUAUCUCCCCAGACGCUUCGUUCCUUUCUUCCUUUUUUCUACACGGACCAACUUCACAAGACAAUCAGCCUCGGGUCAAAAACCAAGCCAUUCUUAUUCUUGAGUACUCCUUAACACAUCCCACGCAUAGACACGAUGUCGAGCGGAAAAGCCUGGAGCGAGAAGGAGAAGUUUGACUUCCUCCUACAGAUUGUGGACCGCCUUCUCGGUAAGAACGGAAGCGUCCCCUACAAGGAUAUCAAUCUUCCCGGCCGUACCAUUAAGAGUAUGACCCACACCAUGGGCAAGCUCCGUGCCCAGGCUGCUGCAUUCCGCCAGGGCGGAGGUGACGUCGAGGACCCGGACCAGGACACUGUCGCUGCUCCUGCUACUCCCAAGGGCCGCGGUAAGGGUGCUGCUGCUGCCGCCACCCCUCCCACCACUGGCUCAACUCCUCGCCGAGGUACUCGCAAGCGACCCCAGAAGGUGGCUUACUUCGACUCCACUAGUGAUGAUGACGAAGAAGUCAAGACCCCGGUGAAGAAGGCUCGCACGUCCUCAGACAAGGAAGAGAUGCCGACCCCCAAGCGCGUCAAGGGAGAAGACAAGAAGGCAGCCGUCAACGCCACCCAAAACUCCUACCCUUCUCCUCAGGACGUUGAAGAUGACCCCGCCCACAUUAAGACCGAGGCUGGUCUCCAAGACGACGAGGCCUGAUUUCUUUUUCCUCUGACUUAUUGCGUUGGCCUGCUAUUUGAGACUUCAUUCAACAAAAAUACCCCCCAUCUACACCAGUUUGUUUAAUAUCGUCUCUUUGCGGCUCAGGCGCAUUUACUUGCGAUGCGUUUUUCUAUUCUAGGGCUAUAACGCACAAGGGAGGCUAUCUGGUUAUGACGCGGAUCUCAUAUUCAUCAGGGAUCUGGGUUACAUACGGGUUGCCCUUUGGGCAUGGGUUACUGCAGUAGCAAUAGCAAGGCUGGUUUACCACUUACUCUUGCGCCCCAGGGCUCUAGGUACUACUGCAAAAAUUGCGAUGAAUAAAUGCUUAUAAAACUUAUAAAAUUUCCAUAUAAAUGGGUUU